AUGCAUCUUUCAACGUUAUUAUUAAUUGCUCUUCCAGCUUUGAUAAUCUGUAAGGAUCCUAUUGAUCAGGUCGCCAAACAAGGAGCUGAAAUAAUUAGCAGCUCUCGUUUAACAGGACAAACUGUUCGUCAGUGUUCUUGCCAUGAACAAAGAGAGUGUGUGGAGGAUAUGAAAAAACAGGCUAAAGAAUGUGUACCAGCUUGCUUCCAACGUUUCUCUACGAUUACUGAUCGUCCAGAUGACUUAAGAAAAUGUUUUGAACAAAAAGAUGACAUCGUGCAGAACUUCAUGACCUGUAUUGAGGAUAAAGUUGAAGGCUGUGUGGAUCACGAUCACGGAAAUCAGAUUGACAAAACUGAUAUAUCUGCUCUAUUUACUAUCGGAGAGAAGAAGCUCACUCAUCACUCCGCAACGAUGGAUGCCAUAAUUGCUCCAAUUCGCAACGUCAUUGAUGCUGCCGGAGAGUUUGCUCUCUGUGUAAAAGAUUGUUUCCUAAAAAAGAAUGAGAAUGGAUUCUGUUUCGAUCGCAAAAACUGUCAACCCUUAAUUCUGGAAAACAAGGCUAAAAACUCCUUCAGAACCUGCACUAAGAAAGUUAACUGGAAAAGAGAAGCUGGAGAGCUGUGCGAAUGCUCCGUCGAAGCUGGCGUGACAGUACUUCGUCAAUACUGCUCAAUGUUCAGUUUAAUGGGACGUCGUCGUGGCUCUCAAUCAAAUCGUGGAUAA